UCGUCGGCGCCCAUCUCUUCGUCUCUCUCCCCAAAUCUCUCCGUCUAGGGUUUCGAUUUCACGUCCGAGCGGCGAUGUCUUACCGUCCUAACUACCAGGGAGGCCGACGUGGAGGUGGCGGAGGCGGGCGUGGGCGUGGUGGUCGUGGAGGUGGCCGUGGGGAGCAGCGGUGGUGGGACCCGCAGUGGCGAGCUGAGCGACUCCGGCAGAUGGCUGGCGAGGUGGAGAAGCUGGAUGAGAAUGAGUGGCGAGCUAGGAUACAAGAGAUGAAAGAAGGCGCACAGGAGGAGCUAGUGAUCAAGCGGAAUUUUGGGCGCGAAGGACAGCAGGUCCUCGCUGACAUAGCUCGGCGGCAAGGGCUUCAUUUUCAUGCGUAUAAUAAAGGGAAGACUCUCGUUGUUAGUAAAGUUGCUUUGCCGGAUUACCGUGCUGAUCUUGAUGACCGCCAUGGGUCGACGCAGAAGGAGAUUAAAAUGUCAUCAGAGACUGAGAGAAGAGUUGAAAAUCUCUUAGCAACAGCCAAGGGAACAGAGGUGGUUAAUAAUUCUAGUGGCCCAUCAAGUAGUGAAAUGAAACAAUCCUUGCAUGAUUCAGUAUCAAGUAAAACAGAGGCAUCAUUUGAUGAUACUGCUGCUAAAGAGAAGUUUAGUAUUGAGCUGAAGAACUUGCAAGACUCUAGGAAGGCAUCACCUAAUGCAAAGGCAAUGCAGUCUUUCCGGGAAAAAUUACCUGCUUACAAGGUGAAAGAUGAAUUUUUGAAAGCUGUCAGAGACAAUCAGGUGUUGGUAGUUUCUGGAGAAACAGGUUGUGGUAAAACCACACAGCUACCUCAGUUUAUUCUAGAAGAGGAAAUAUCCAAUCUUCGAGGGGCAGGUUGCAACAUAAUUUGCACACAACCUCGUCGUAUAUCGGCUAUCUCCGUUGCAGCACGAAUUGCUUCAGAAAGGGGCGAGAAUCUUGGUGAAACCAUUGGUUACCAGAUCCGUUUAGAAGCAAAACGUUCUGCACAAACCCGGCUUCUAUUUUGUACAACUGGGGUUCUGCUUCGUAGACUGAUUCAAGAACCAGACUUAGGAGAUGUCAGUCAUUUGCUAGUGGAUGAAAUUCAUGAAAGAGGAAUGAAUGAGGAUUUCCUUAUUAUAAUUUUGCGUGACCUUCUCCCGCGUCGUCCAAAUCUUCGACUUAUUUUAAUGAGUGCCACUAUAAAUGCUGAUCUCUUUUCAAAGUACUUUGGAAAUGCACCAGUUAUACACAUCCAGGGACUGACUUUUCCUGUGGCGGAACUGUUUUUAGAAGACAUACUAGAGAAAACACGUUACAAGAUCAAAUCAGAGUAUGACAAUACGCAUGGCAACUCAAGAAGAAGGAGACAGCAAUAUUCUAGAACUGAUCCAUUGACAGAAAUGUUCGAGGAAGUUGAUAUUGAUAGCCAAUAUAAAAACUACAGCAUAUCUACCAGGCAAUCUCUUGACUCUUGGACUGGUGUACAACUAGACUUGGGUCUCGUGGAAGCAGCAAUAGACCAUAUCUGUCGCAAUGAAGGGGAUGGAGCAAUACUUGUUUUCCUUACUGGUUGGGAUGAAAUAUCAAAGCUUCUUGAAAAAAUUAAAGCAAAUGCAUUUCUUGGUAACUCUAGCAAGUUUUUAGUCCUCCCACUGCAUGGUUCAAUGCCUACUGUCAAUCAACGAGAGAUUUUUGACCGUCCACCAAGUAACAUGAGGAAAAUUGUCUUGGCCACAAAUAUUGCUGAAAGCAGUAUUACCAUUGAUGAUGUUGUGUAUGUCAUAGAUUGUGGCAAGGCAAAGGAAACAAGUUAUGAUGCUUUAAACAAACUUGCAUGUCUACUGCCUUCCUGGGUAUCAAAGGCUUCGGCACACCAGAGGAGAGGGCGUGCAGGGCGUGUUCAACCUGGAGUUUGUUACAGGCUGUACCCCAAAAUUGUCCAUGAUGCAAUGCCCCAGUAUCAGUUACCCGAAAUUCUUCGAACUCCACUUCAAGAGCUUUGUCUUAAUAUCAAAAGUCUCCAACUUGGUGCAGUUGCAACAUUCUUAUCCAAAGCACUUCAACCUCCUGAUGCACUUUCUGUCCAAAAUGCAAUUGAACUACUUAAAACAAUAGGUGCUUUUGAUGAAAGGGAGGAACUCACUCCUCUUGGUCAUCAUCUCUGCACAUUGCCUUUGGAUCCAAAUAUUGGAAAGAUGCUUAUUAUGGGGUCUAUAUUUCAGUGUCUAGACCCAGCACUAACAAUUGCUUCUGCUCUUGCACAUCGUGAUCCAUUUGUCCUUCCAAUAAAUAGAAAAGAGGAAGCUGAUGCUGCAAAAAGAUCCUUUGCUGGUGAUUCUUGCAGUGACCAUAUUGCUCUUCUAAAAGCCUUCGAAGCAUGGAAAGAUGCAAAACGAAGUGGUCGGGAUCGUGCAUUCUGUUGGGAAAAAUUUUUGUCACCGAUUACAUUGCAAAUGAUGGAUGACAUGAGGAACCAGUUUUUCGAUCUAUUAUCUGAUAUAGGCUUUGUCAACAAAGCAAAAGGAAUCAAGUCCUAUAACAAAUAUGGACAUGAUCUAGAAAUGGUGUGUGCUAUUCUAUGUGCUGGGCUUUAUCCUAAUGUCAUCCAAUGCAAGAGAAGAGGCAAAAGGACGGCAUUUUACAGUAAAGAUGUCGGAAAGGUGGACAUCCAUCCGUCUUCCGUAAAUGCAGGGAUCCACUUAUUCCCAUUGCCUUACAUGGUUUAUAGUGAGAAAGUAAAAACUACAAGCAUCUACAUCAGGGACUCAACAAACAUAUCUGAUUAUGCUUUACUGCUAUUUGGAGGCGGCCUAACACCCAAUAAAUCAACCGGGAGCAUCGAGAUGCUUGGAGGGUACCUUCAUUUUUCUGCAUCAAAGAGUGUGUUGCAACUGAUUCAGAAUUUGAGGGCAGAACUCGACAAACUAUUGCAAAGGAAAAUCGAAGUACCAGGGCUUGACAUUUAUGCAGAGGGCAAGGGUGUGGUAUCAGCAGCCACUGAAUUACUGCACAGCCAAAAUGUUUCAGCAAUGAAACACUGAGUAACAAUUGAAGUCUUGGCCUUAACUUCAUGUAUUUUUUCCCCUACUGCCAUUGGUUUGGCAGAAAUCAAAUCAUUAUAACAUUUUCACUUGGAGAUACAACCCACCGGAACAUCGGCAUUUAGAGCAGCAGUCAACUCUAUCCUAUACAAACUAUUCUCUUAUUUCCAACUCUUGUAGUAUAACAUUAGUUUCUUAUGCUCUCUAUAUUUACAUUAUGUGAUAGACUGAAAGAUCUUUUCUGCUUAUAUAUUAAUGAAAAACUAA